CCUUUGCCCAUUAAGGGAGCGGAGGGGGGGGGAGGGAGAGGGAGCAACGGACAGUGAGUUACCUCGCCUUCAGUCGAUACCCUGAGACCGACAGGUGAGCUGGCGUCGAUCUGUACGCGGCCUCCUCCUCAGCACACGAGCUUCGUCUGAGUCGAGAAUCAAGGAGUAUCGACGAGGUCCAGCAUGGCUUCCCUCGGAAUAAGAUGCGGCCUCCUCCUUUGCCUUUUCCUGACGAAGGACGCCGAGGGAGCGUGGCUGGGCGGGGAAGCAGCGGAAGGUCUGCUGAAGAGGAAUUCGCUCCUUCAGAGGGCGGAGCAAUUCGAGCCGGAGUCGCGACGAUACAUUGGUCACUGCGACACCAAAAAUAUAUUCAUGAACCCCGGAUACUCCCGAAACGUGUGGUCGUAUGGGUACACCUAUCUUCAGCAGCCGUACUUAGCUGACUGCUAUAUGAAACAUGUCUAUAAUACUAAGGUGUAUACGGACCCCUUCUGCAAGUUCGGCUUCCAAGUGACGGGCGUGUUCGAGAGUCACCCGCUGCCCUACACAACCUGCUUCGACACAGACUACCUGCUUUUCAAUGACACCGACGGCAACGUUGCCACGUAUUGUGGGUACUACAGCGAAAUCAGCUGGACUACCCCGCACGAUGAAUUCGAGCUGAUAUUUUCCACGAAGGCAGACAGUCCACGAGGCAAGGGAUGGAAGAUUACGAUCAAGAGUAUCAAGAUAUGUGGAGGCGCCCUUUACGUCGCCGACGGGCCGACCGGGGCACUGGAAACCCCGAUCUCGUCAGGCUUGUACCCGAACAACUUCGCCUGCACUUGGUACUUCCAGACGACGGAGCGAACCUCCGUGAGGAUCGGCUGCGACACCUUCUCUCUGACCGACCCGAUCACCUACCCGAACGGCACCACGUACUGCCUGGACUUCAUCUCCUUCACGAGCGAGAGCCUCUACUCCACGGAGAUGACCCGCUACUGCGCGGACGCCCUGCACGACCACAACCACGUCGUCUACAGCUCCACCUCGUCUCUGCUCGUGCAGUUCCGUUCGGACGACACUGACCAGGACACCGGCUUCGUCUGCAAUUACGAGUUGAUCCAGCAUGCUAAUUAGGGAUUCGAAACGGGGAACCAUUAUGAUACUUUCGAGCUUUCCAAUUUGCGAAUU